GCAUUGUACUGUGCAUGCGUCGGGAAUCACUAGUUGAUGUGAAAUUAUAAGCUGUCAAUUACUUUAAAAAAACCAUCGCUUGUAGAAGAAUACAUUAGUUCCAAUUGUGCUAUAAAAUGUCUGCUUCGUACGACAGAGCAAUCACAGUCUUUUCCCCAGACGGACAUCUGUUCCAAGUGGAAUAUGCGCAAGAGGCAGUCGAGAAAGGGUCAACUGCUCUGGCGGUGAAGGGCAAGGACGUGAUAGUGUUAGCAGUUGAGAAGAAGGCAGUAGCUAAAUUGCAGGAGGACAGGACUGUGCGCAAGAUAUGCAGUCUAGACGACCAUAUUCUAGUAGCUUUCGCUGGUCUUACGGCCGAUGCGCGUGUUCUGAUCAACCGGGCAAGAAUAGAGUGUCAAAGCCACAGACUGAGUCUGGAGGACGCAGUCAACGUGCCCUACAUCACCAGAUACAUCGCCAGAAUCAAACAGCAGUACACACAGAGCAACGGCAGACGCCCAUUCGGCAUCUCAUGUCUUAUUGCCGGUUUCGACCCUGAGAGCGGAGAGCCCAGACUGUUCCAGACAGACCCAUCUGGCACUUAUUUUGAGUGGAAGGCCAAUGCGAUUGGUAGGAAUGGGAAGACAGUGCGUGAGUAUUUGGAGAAGAAGUUGGAGGGGGAGCGAGACAAGAAGGACGCGGGGGGUGAGGAGACAAAGGUGCUCAAGCUAGCAGUGGGGGCUCUCAUGGAAGUCGUGCAGAGCAGAGAGAACAACAUGGAAGUGGCAAUAUGCAGGAGAGACGCACCUUAUCAGCUUAUGCCAACAGAAGAGCUUGAAAAACUAGUGAAGGAAAUUCAGCAAGAAAAGGAAAAGGAAGCGCAGAGUGACAAAGACAAGUCCAAAAAGACAUAAAUGCUGCAAUCAGGAUACAGCCAACCGAUAUUUAGUAAACUCAAAGGUUCUUUUUGGGUAGCCCUCAUCAAAUAUUGUGCUCAUAGUUCAUAAAAAUAUUAAAAGAAGGUAUCUUCCAAGGCAUUAUCUUCUAGCUUCUUAUAUCGAAUAUAAGAAUAACAUCUAUUAUCUUAUAGCUUCGACUAUUUUAUAAAUCUUUUAGCUUAUAAGCUAAAUGAAAGCCCUGUGGGUUAGACAAAGAAUCAUUUUUCUGGGUUAGAUGUUCUACUUUUUGAGGACUAAGCAAAAAGAGCCGCAUGCGACAUCGUUGAUAAAGUGGUGAAUUAUUGUUUGAUCAAUGAAUGCAUUGUUUGUGAUGAUACAUGUGAUAUGUGCUGCCGAGAAAUGAGCACUGAAGUUGUACGUUGUAGCUAUUCAUAAAGUUGUAAAGUUGACUUGAAUUGAUUUUAAUUGUCUAAA